UUCGGGAACACCGGAUCCCACCGCCUGUCCGAUGGUGACCGCCCAUGCCUUAUGGUCUCAUUGCGUCAUCCACCCAACGCACAUGUUGGAUCGACCGGAGAGCUUAUCCCCACCGUCCCCUCGUCAUCUUCACGAGCGAUGACAAGGAGCGCACACAGCUAUCGGAAGGCGAAGGGGGCCGGGGCGGGGCGAGGGCAGCGCCCGCCAUCACACGUCUCGGAGUAGACAUCCCCGGGUGGUGGGCAUGUCACCUCCUGUUCUUGUAUGAAAAAGUGUGCACUCAAGCGACCAUGUACCCACGACGAGCUUGUCGUACUCAAGCAGCGGUUUUGGCGCCACCUGCGCGGUCGACGUCAGGUGCAGUAGCCUAGACCAAAUAGGCAACCAUCCUACGUGAAACAAAAGGAAAGAGGGAGGGCGGAGCACGUAAAUCGAAGACCAGGUCACAAGCUUCUGCUCUCCAUGUCGCCAACGGAAGGCAAGCUCAGGUGACUCUCCCAUCACUGCACAGUAUUGCCACUUAAUUUACAUUAUCGAGACUCUGCUCUUUCACCAUAACAUGUUUCAUCCACUCACCAGACUGUUUGGUGUGCUUGACCCACCUACAAGGAUAAUGAUUCCAAACAUCUUCCAAUUCAUUUUUAAUGAUAAUAUACCGAAUUAUUUAUGAAUUACUUCAAUUAAUAUAGAUUCAUUUAUCAAAAGUUGAUGAUUCGUAAUCUGAAGUAUUAUUGGUAGGUGAAACUGUAUAUGACUUAGUAAAGAUUAAGAGUUCGAAAUAUUAUAUGUUUAAUGCUUUGUUAUUUGUAAGAAGGAAAAACAAAAUGAAAUGUUGACUUGGCCAAAUGCAUGAUGGAUAAGAAACAUUAGGGUGGGCCCACAGAUAAUUAAAUGCUUAAGGGCUUUUCUUAUCGUCGGGUUGGGGUUCGGAGGAGAAUUAGUAUGUAUAGUUUUGUCAUCUAACAUUCAAAGAGAUCGUUUCCGUCACGUAAAUAUUACAUGAAAUAGUAAAAGAGAGCAAUCUCAUUGUAUUUGUAGUUGUCGUAUGUAAUCGAGAUGCUAAUUAGAGCACGAGUGAUUUGGUGGUUAUCUUCCAUACGUGAAGACCCCAACAACAACAGUAUUUAAAGUCCGCUUUCUCGCCUUCCUUUUGUUGUUUUCUUCUCCUUAUUAUUCAUCUCUCUCUCUCUCUUAUCCAUCUCCCAUGUCCAUCACCAUGAGCCACUUGAGCAUGAUGGAGGCGAGGCUGCCGCCGGGGUUCAGGUUCCACCCGCGGGACGAGGAGCUGGUGUGCGACUACCUCAUGAAGAAGGUCGCCGGCGACGACGGUGGCGGCUUGUAUGGCUGCCACAUGAUGAUCCACGUCGACCUCAACAAGUGCGAGCCAUGGCACCUUCCUGAGAUGGCAUGCGUGGGCGGCAGGGAGUGGUACUUCUUCAACCUCCGGGACCGGAAGUAUGCGACGGGGCAGCGGACCAACCGCGCAACCCGGUCGGGCUACUGGAAGGCGACGGGGAAAGAUCGGACUGUGAGCCGGAGAGGUGUGCUUGUUGGCAUGAGGAAGACUCUGGUCUUCUACCAAGGCAGAGCACCCAAGGGAAGAAAGACCAACUGGAUCAUGCACGAAUUCCGCAUGGCUGGAUCUGCUCCUCAUCCACAUAAAACUCCUCUCAUGGAAGAUAUGGUCCUAUGUAGAGUGUUUCAGAAGAGCAGAAGUGCCACUUCCGAGCCAACCAAGGCGCCGCCCGGCAAUGGCGAGGCGGCGGCCUCUUCCUCCCUCCCUCCUCCCAUGGAUAGCUUCGCCGCCUUCGAACACCAACCCCCGGCGAGCUCGGAAGUCCACAAGCAAGUCUCCGCCUUCUCCGACCUCGCCCCACACUGCGGAGCAAACGAUGGAGCCAUCAAUCCUCGCUUCAUGGUGCAAAGAAGCCUCCAGAUCAAGAACUCGGGUUCUUCCGUGUUGAGCUACUCCACCGAGUUGGAGGGCAAUCCAAAGAGGGAGGUGCCUCCAUCUCCAUGCAUGGCUGCAAGAAGCUCAGGCAGCUACUUCACCGAGAAUGGCUUGUCAUACGUUCGGAACCCUUUCGGAGCUUUCUACGCCACCAGUUAGAUGAUCUCUAUAUGCCCAUCCUACUUGUACGCAUCCAAAUCUAGCUUUAGAUGGUUUAUCAGCACCCUGCAGUGAUUCCUCAUGCAUAGGGAAGAAACCAACAAGCAUUGUGUUUGCCAUUUUCGUCUUAUAUAUUGCUGCAAUUCUCUACUUCAGCUAUAUAUAUGGUUAAUUAAUUAGUAUCAA